GAGAGCGCUCGGGCUGCAGGAGGAGUCCUUGGUGGUGGAGGUGGGGCCUCCCCGUAGCGCCCCGCUUCCUCCCCAGCCGAGCAGCUCUGGAAGCCCCCGACCCGAGGGGCUGUGCGGAUCUCCGACGGCAGGGUGAGGUCACAGAGCCGGGAGCGUUCGGCGCGCGGCGCGUGUCCUGGAGACCGAGCGCCCCGCCGGCCGGAGCAGGAGAAGCGUUACCAGGUGGCUGGAGCCAAGUCGUUCCCAGGACACCCGAGUCUCCUGGCGGAGGUGGCCGGUGGCGAAUAUGGCGCUGGCCGCUAGGGGUGCCGUCCCCGCCUGCCUCCUCGUCCUCCUCGCUUCCUUGCCCAGCUGGAACACUCAGAUUAGGCCCCAGGGAGAACCUGGCCCAGGUAUAAUGCGCCGCGCUCCGUGAGGGUGGGGCUGGGCAGAGGCCACCCCUGCAAGGCCGAAACGAGGCUUUCUGUCACCUGGGGGAAAGACCCAGUUUCUCUCUCUCUCUCUCUCUCUCUCUCUCUCUCUCACACACACACACAGAGAGACAACACACCUCACUUGCCUCCACAAUAACACCCCCCCCACACACACACCCCACGCGUUUGCGUCCACGCACACACACACCUCAAGACAUUUGUUCUUAAGGGGCAUAAAAAGGAGUUUGGAAGAGGCUGGAGAAGAGAGAGUCUCUCCAAAUAGUUCAAUUCCCUCUGUGUAUGUGUGUGUAUGUGUGUCUGGCUUUCAUUCAACCUUAAGUGGAUCACCUCAGAGAUUAAUAGAUCAUUUGAGGAAUUCUAAGAAGUAUUAUGCCUGUAUGUAAUAAUAAUAGUAAUAAUGAUGAUGAUUAUCAGGCACAUACCAGAGAGUAAACUCUAUUGAACUGAGUGGGACUUACUUCUGGGUAAAAAUGCUUAAGAUUCCAGUAUAAGACUGCAGAAUCUGUGCACAAUUCAGUGAGACUUUUCAGUAGCAAAGGAUUGCAGUCUAAGGCUCAAAAGAAUAAAUACUCCACAAGUUAAAUAAUUGCUGGCUGCUGAACCAUUGCAAUUGAAGAAUUUAAAGUGGAUUGGCUACAUUUUCCUUCCAAAUUACAGGAAAGGAUGAACACAAAGUGCUUUGUAUGUCAGCAUCACAUUUCUUUCAGUGCAGGUAUUUUAUUUUCGGUAUAAAGAGGACUCAGUUUUUGUAGCUGAUUGUAUGAAGCAAUGCCCUCUUUAUGUAUUCACGUGGUGUAAACAUGUAUGUUGUCCUUUAGAUCCAAGCACACACACAAACAGAGAGAGAGAGAGAACACAUAAGCAAGCAUGCUCCAAAGUGCUUCUGUUCCCCAAGAGGCUAGGAGGUGGUGUUCUGAUCUCUUCACCGCUUUUAAUUGAUCUCUGAGACAUUGAGGGAAGCAAAAGAAGAAAGCAACAAAACUUCCCCCUUUCAACUCUGCUUGGAGAGCAACCUUCUUCAGGAUUUCUCUUUUGAAAAACAGUUCCAAAAGCAGACAGGGGGAAAGGGGAAGGAGUACCAUUUUCCAGGUUUUCCUGCUUCCUCUUGCAAAUUAGCAUCCCACCGGUGCUCGGCAGUUCCUCCUGUACAGUGAAUCCAUGAUAGAAAAGUUGAUCUGAAUUUAAGGGAGUCUGUUGUAGUCAACAGUUCCAUGGUGCUCAGGAAUAUAGAACAGCCUUUUCAAAUAAGUAUCUGUGCAAGCCAGUUUGAUGCAAACACUAUAAUUUAUUUGUUUAAAAUGUUUCUUGUUACCUGGUGCAGUCUUUGCCCAAUGCCAUAACUCAAAAAUUAGAUCUGUAUUAUAAUUUAUAUGAAUCAUCAUGGUCCAAGGCCUUGCAUAUCCUGUUGAGGUUAUUGUCACAUUAUUGAUCAGCUUCUGUGGGGUUUUAGUCUCAAGGUUAUUAUUCUAAUGGUCAUUUACACCAGCCUCCACAAUUUGUGACUCACCAAGCUGAAUGCAGUGCACCAGCCAUGUAUGAUGGUGUUUGUCACAGGCUUGACAAACCUAUUUUUGUUGCAUGCCCUGGACUGCAGAAGCAGAGCAGGGAGUAGUCAAGUACCCAGUCAGUCACAAUCUAUUAUUGCUGGUGUGCUGUGUUAAGCUGAUUUGUAAGGAGAGGUUAUAUUCUGAAGAGACUACUUCAGACAUGGGAAGUAGAAUACACUCAGAACUUGACUUUGGUUUCUGGUGUACAAGGUCCUUUAUACCUUGUGCAUUGUAUUAGGGUUCUUCACAUUGUAAUUGUGAUGACUGUAUGAUCAACAUGGUGAAUCAGGUAUACUUAGGGAGCCUCAAACGGCAUUUUUCUCUUGAGAAACAGACAGUAUCGUUCCAAGUUAAGCGGGCUAUGCAGUGGUGUAGAGCACAGGGGAGUGAAACUAGCACUUUUUUAAAAAAAAUCACAACAAGUUAUUACAUUAUCCUCUGGAGCAGUAUUUGCCAUUGUUCUAAAGCUUGCAGAGUUGAUCCAUGAUAUGAGAUUAGAACCCAGGUCUCUCCAGCCGAAGGCUAAUAUGCUAACCGCUACCCUACUCUUUUCCUGCCAACCUAGCAGUUCGAAAGCACGUAGUGCAAGUAGAUAAAUAGGUACCGCUCUGGCAGGAAGGUAACUGGCAUUUCCGUGCGCUGCUCUGGUUCGCCAGAAGCGGCUUAGUCAUGCUGGCCACAUGACCUGGAAGCCGUACGCCGGCUCCCUCAGCCAAUAAAGCGAGAUGAGCGCCGCAACCCCAGAGUCGUCCACGACUGGACCUAAUGGUCAGGGGUCCCUUUACCUUUAUCUUUACCCUACCCUUUGCUAGUUCCCCCUUUUUAGGAAUGUCACUUGAUCCUAAUAUAUUUGCUCUCUUUGAGGGCAUGGCCUACGGGGAGCUGUCUUUAUGAGCGACAGUCUAUGCUCUAUUAAUUGUGCAAGAGGAGAGCAGGUUGGCAUAACAGAAUGUCUCCUAUUAGCCAUUCAGGACCACACAGGCUGGGCUGGGACUGGGUAUAAUAAACAGAACCAGGAAAUUCUAGAAUUAGAAGCAAACCCCAAGGGCCACCUAGUCCGACCUGCUGCAAUGCAGAAAUCACAGCUAAUGUAUCCCUGACAGAUGGCCAUCCACUCUCUGUUUAAAAACCUAAAAUGAAGAAGAGUCCACCCCAUUCUGAGUUAGUCCUUUCCAGUUCUUACCAUCAGAAAGUUCUUUCUGGUGUUUAUUUGGAACCUCCUUUCUUGUAAUUUGAAUUAGUUCUAAUCCUACCCUCUGGAAACAAGCAGAAAACAAGCUUGCCCCUGCCCCAUUAUUCAUAUGACAGUCCUUCAGGUAUUUGAAGAUCACUAUCAUAGCCCCCUCUCACUCUUCUCUUCUCCAUAAGCAACUCUCUCAACCGUUCCUUGUAAGGCUUGGUUUCCAGAUCCUUGAUCAUCUUGGUCACCCUCCUCUGCACAUGUUUCAUCUUGUCAAAAUCCUUCUUAAAACUUUGUUGCCCAGAACUGGACACAGUACUUCAGGUGUGGUCUGACCAAGGCAUAACAGAGUGGUACUAUUACUUCCUUUUCUCUGGAUACUAUACUUUUGCUGAUGCAGUCUAGAGUUGUAUUAGCUUUUUUGCUGCUGCAUCACACUCUUGACUUAUAUUAAGCUUCUGGUCUACUAAGACAACUAGACCCUUUUCAUAUGUCCUGUACUACUGCCAAGCCAGGUGUUCCUCAUCCUAUAUUUGUGCAUCUUACCAUUCUUACUUAAGUGUAGAACCUUAUAUUUGUCCCUGUUGAAAUUCAUUUUGUUAGUUUUGGCCCAGUUCUACAAUCUGUUAAAUUCAUCUUGAUUCCCGAGUUUAUCUUCUGAAGUAUUAGCUACCCCAACUAGAUUGGUGUCAUCUGCAGAUUUGAUGAGCCUCUCCUCAAUUCCUUCAUCCAAUGUUGAACAACACUGGACCCAGGACAGAAUCCUGCAGCAGUAUGACACCUCACUUGUCACUUUCCCCUCGGAUGACAAGGAACCAUAGGUGAGCACUUUUUAGGUCCAGUCAGCCAACUGCAAAGCCACCUAACAGUAACACCAUCUAGCUCACAUUUUACCAGCUUCUCCUCCAGAAUAUCAUGGAGGACUUUGUUGAAAGCCUUGCUGAAAUCAGUACCUUCUGCUAGUCCUAGAAGCUGCCUGUACCUCCUUAGUUCAUCUUCAGUUUUGAGAACCAUAGCUCUGGUCCACCACCCAAAAAUACCAGAAUACAUGUUUUUUUAAAAUGUUUUAAUGUUUUAAAAGUAUGUAGCUUUUAUAUUUUAAUUUUCAAUCAUUUUCACACAUUAAAAAUAAAUCCAGAUUGUCUAUUGGGUUUAUCUGUUAAGUAAUUAUUUUAGGAAAUGAAUUCAAAAGGUAGCAUUCUAGAAUAUCUAUGCAAUAUGCAAUGGCUGUAGAUAUUGGAAAUUAAGUAAGAAUUUACUAAACUACUGCUGUACCAGCAUGUAAUAGUAAUGAUAGGGUCUGCAUAUAAAUAAUAGUAGUUGGAAAAAUAGUAAGUGAGCUAGUAUUUGACAGUGUUGUCGAAAACCAUAUAGCUAUUGUAAAAAUAUAAAUAUUUCACUGCAUAGGCUUGUUUGCUUCCUUCCACAGUGUUUUCCAUCAUAAUUAUGAGACUGACACUGAAUGCAAAAAGAAUAUUUUUAACCGAGUGUUCAUAUGAUGCAGCUGUACUCAUUCUUAAUCACUCAUUAAUGUCUCGUCAAAAGAGCACUGUACUUUUUGUUUGUUUCAUUUACCAAAGGUCAGCAUACUUGGAAGCAAUUGUCAUGCACCAUUACAGACCUUUUUACAUAUUUUUCUUGUAUUGUUCUCAGUUAUCAUGUGCGUAAAUGAGUCAAUUGGUAUGCAGAUUGUCUGUCAUUAAGACCAUUUGAAAAUCAGCUUUGUCAUUGGUUUAGUGUUGGAACUUUGGAUUCAUGCAUAUACUUCUUGAAUAUGUUGUGGCAUUCAGAAUGGGUCUAAUGAUGGAUGGUCGGUCAUGCUAGAAUGAACAGUUCCAUAGACCUCAGUCAAACUAAGUGAGCAGUGAUCUAUUUCUCCUACACCUCCAGACAGGAUUUUGGGCUAGAAACAGAUACUAUUGGGCUUUUUUUAAUAAAAAAAAAAAGUGAGUUGAAGGUAGUAUUAUAGAGGCGUCAUUGCCAUUUGGUGUGUAUGCUUAUUUCUUUCGGCUCACUAUUAGAAAACAGAAAACAUUGAAAUUUGAGUUAGCAUUGGUUCCAAGGGCAGACUCAAAGCUCUUUUAUGGAGCAGUGGUAUAUGCUAAUUAACAUAUCAAACUGGCUUGUUUCUAAUGUGGACUGAGAGCAAUGGUGCAGCUUUGGUGUGAUGGCCUCAGCAUCACCAUGGUUCAAGCUCUACAAUCUGAUGCCCUCCAGAAGGAGCCACAAGUUCCCACUGAAACAGAGAGCAACAACACACUCUAGUUUAAAGGUUCGCAUAUCAAUCGGUUCGUUGAAGCGUAGCAGUGCAGAACAUUUAGAACUCGGGCAACUAGCAGAACAGCAAUACCUGCAGAGCAGAAGAAAACAUAGAGAACAAAUGAUACCUCUCCUGUGUAAAGCAUGUAUGGCUCCUGAGAAGGCAACUAGCUAGUUCUCUCACCCUAGUUAGCAAACAAUGAAGAUGGGUCAGAUCUUCUUAGUGGCAGAGGCAAUCCAGACACUUAAAGUCAUGUCUGGUUUUAAUUCCUCAACUAGAUGUCCCCAGUUUAAUCUUGCUGUUUCGUGUUCUCUCUCUCUCUCUCUCCCUGGGCUUUCCAUUUCCCUAGCCCUCCUCCCUGCAUUCCAAGCUAGAUCAUUAUAGGGGGGGGAAUCCUCCAUUUGUUUCCACCUUCAUGAGUUCAAGAAACCCCCAUUGUGAAAAGAUUCAAAGGUUAAGUUUGCAAUUCUAAUUGUCUUUCAGUGUGACUUCUUGACAUUCUCACUCAGUCUUGUCUUUGCUUGUUGCUCAGCUUUGUACUUACUACAUUGACCUAAUUAAUUUAAAAUAGUGCCUUGUUGUUUCCUCUCAAUGCAAUUCAUACAGGAACUAAGACCCUCCUUGAGAAUAUGCCGUGUGUCUCUUGAACAGUUUAAGCCAAAAAAUAAACAUUCUCCUGCUUUUCUAACUUACCUCUUGUUGGCAUGGAGCCAUAGAAACUUCCCAUCCUUUUGUUCUGCUGAGUGGUGUUUGGCUUAGGUCAGGGACAGGCAACCCAUGACCCCUCCAGAUAUCAUUGGAUUACAUUUCCCAUCAGCCCCACCCAACAUGGUCAGUGGCCAGAGAUUAUGGGAGUUGCGGUCCAGCAGCAUCUGCUUCCAAACCUGAGACCUUAGAAGACUUGCCUCAGCCUCUGAAUUUGGGCCUAGGAUUAUACCGUGCCAGUUCAAUUUCAGCACUUUACAGUGGCAUGGAAAAAGUAGUUUAGUUGUAGAUUGAAGGUGUGAAGCAGCUGAUUUAGGAUGUGUUCAGUAUCUACACAAAUUUGUUCAGUUUGCUUUCAUCAUUUUGAAAUCCGGCGCAAUAUAAUUGAUCCUAUGCUCACUGACUUUGGUAGGUGUAUCCUAAAGGUGUUCAUGAUAACUGAUGAGAAGAUGGGCAAUUUCAAAAGAACUCCGGCAUGUAGUCUUUAUAACUGAUGUCAUUGUGAAAUUGUUUAUUAUUAUUUUUUUGCAGAUGUGAACAGUUCAAUAAAUUCAAAAAAUAAUCUUAAAGAAAUUAUUAAAUUACUUGGUAAGUAGCAGCUCUCUAUCACGUGUUAUAUUCCCAUGUGAAUAACAUAUAAAUAAGCAUUACAUAUCAAUGCACAAAGAUGUACAAAAUGUUAAUCUCUGUACAGUGGUGCCCCGCAAGACGAAUGCCUCGCAAGACGGAAAAACCGCUAGACGAAAGGGUUUUCCGUUUUGAAGUUGCUUCGCAGGACGAAUUCCCCUAUGGGCUUGCUUCGCAAGACGAAAAUAUCUUGCGAGUCUUGAGAUUUUUUUCGCUUUCCCCCUUUAUCUAAUCUGCUAAGCCUUUAAUAGCCUUUAAUAGCCUUUUAGCAGCUAAUCCCCUAAGCCUUUAAGCCUUUAAUAGCCGCUAAACCGCUAAUAGCGCUAAUAGCGCUAAUCCGUCAAUGGGCUUGCUUCGCAAGACGAAAAAACCGCUAGACGAAGACUCUCACGGAACGGAUUAAUUUCGUCUUGCGAGGCACCACUGUAUUUCCAGUGAAACUCUAGCCCACCACUUACAAGCUGAAAAGUAGGGCUCAAAACUUGACAUAAAUGCAAAAUAAUCUGAAAAUAGUUAUCUGUGUAUUAGAGUGUUUUUCAUAGUAUGCAUUUAUGAUGACUCAUUAUUUGUCUUUGGAUUUGUUUGCUUGCAUAUGCCCCCCCAUUUUCUAGGCAUGCCUUUAGAGGGGGAAUGGAUGGGCUCACAAAGGACUACGAAUUGCAAUGGCUGUGUGGAUGCUCCAGGUUCAGAGGCAGUCUGCUACUGAAUUACAGUGGCAGGGGAGCAACCAUGGGGAAAGGCCAUUGCCUUCUAGUGGUGCAGCAAUAAAACUGAUAACCACAAUUGCAAAGCUAAGCAGGGUCCAACAUGGUUUCAAAUUGGAUGGGGAACCACGUGUUGAGAUUCAGGGGUUGGACUAGAUGACCCUCGGGGUCCCUCCCAACUAUGAUUCACUCCCUAUUUGUGGGCUUCCCAUAGGAAUAUGAAUGGCUACCAUGCAAAACAGGAAGGCUGGACAAGACAGAACUUUGGUCUGAUCCAGCAAGGUUUUCCUUGUGUUCUUAGCCUCCUCCAUAUUUUCUCCUCUCUAUUCCUCUUCCAGAAACCUAAUUUUACAAAGCCCUUCCUGGACCACAAUUGAGCAUCACAUUUUGUAUGUAUGUUCUGGUCCCUUUUGUGCCUUCCUGGUGUCCACGCUUGCCAUUUCUUUGCCAGACCAUAUUUUAAGCUGUUUGUGCUGUGCACUGUGUGGCUAAGCCACAUGUUACUGUAGUCACUUGGCAAAUUGCCACACACCUUUCUACUGUCCAGUUUAGCUUGCCUCAUGGCUCCUCCCAAUUAUUUAUUUGAUUUAUAUGCUGCCUUUUAUCAAAAGAUCCCACGGCGCAGUGUACAACACUGAGAAUGCAUUUUAAGGAGCACAAUAAUUCAAAUGACUGAGUUGUUUUGCUUAUAAAUUACAAGAAAUUGUGGGCAAGCUUCCGUGCAAGCUGCAGAUGCCUCUACAAAAGUCAGCCACUUGCAACAAAAGUCCACAGCCGGAUGGUAGAAGUCAUGAGUGGAUAUUAUAAUGCCUAGACUGACUGCCACUUAAGCUUGGAUCCUUGGCAUAUUUGUACAGAAGUGAGCUGCGUUGAGCUUAGUAGAACUGGAGUCUAAAUAAAUACAUUUAGGACUGAGCUGCAACUAUUGAACUCCGUAAGAAGGAACCAUGUCAUGUGUGCGCACUGCACAGUGUAUCGGCUUGCUGUCGUUAAACAAUUGUUGUUAUUUCUGCUACCCUCUUUUAAAUACUACGAAAGCUUGCCAUUUGCUGUUAAAGCUGUUUCUCACGUAGUGUAAUUCAGUGACAGUCAUUAAUGGUACUUGUAUAGUACUUUUUUUUUUAAGUGUUCAGAGUACUUCACAUACAUUAUCUGAAAGUUCCUUAUAACAAGUGUGGGGAACCACAUUCCUCACAAGGGCAAACUUCUGGGGACUGUUUGCCACUGGUUUGGAAAAUGGAAACAUGUGGGUGGAGAAAUGGAAAUUACCUUUACCUUUUGUCCAGGAGUCUAUACACCAGCCACACAAGAGUCAGAGGUUUCUGCAUUCACAUAUAUCUCCAUUCCUCGUCCAGGCAUUUCUUACAGUUCCAAGGACACAUCCCUGCCAGGAAAAGGCACUCAAGGAAGGAAUGCAGUACAGCUGGUUAGGCACAUGAUCUGGGGAUGGGUGUAUCCUGGGAAGAAUCCUGAAGGCCAGAUAGGCAGGCCUGGAGAAUCCAAUAUGACCCCUGGGCUUCAUCUUCCUCUUUCGUGCCUUGUAAGAUAGGGCUGCUUUAUCCCCAUGCUGCAAAUUAAGUCAAGGGCAGGAAAGGCUCAAGGGACAUAGCUUACCUACAGCCAUCAUGUGAAUUCAUGGCUGAUUAAAAAGAUUUGAAAGAUUGGAGAUUUUCUGGCUCGCAGCUACCUACACCGCACAACAAUUUUAGAAGUUUGGGGUUUUGUUUUGUUUUUUGGUUAGGAUAUUGUCACAUGUAUAUUCAUGCAGAUUAUUUUAUUUGCAGAUCACCGAAUCCAAGUUCUGCACCAAAAGAAUUUGAUGCAUGAACAUGAACCCUCAGAGAAACAUGACAGAUCAUUAACUGUCCACUUGAAUGUGGUCAAAGGCAGGUGGUCCCCUGUUGUUGGAUUUUGUGUUUACUAACCUUCCUAUGGAGAAGGCCAGCAUUUAAUCUCAGUAACACUCAAGCACUACUUUCACCGUUAAUCUACAACACAUUAACUUGGAUACCUAUCCCUUUUAAUCUGGAGGAACAAGAUUUAUGAUUCUCAGCAAAUUUGCCCAGUGUCAUAGGCUCAAGGGAUGUUGUGUGAAAAGUGUGUGGUUGUGUAGUCUGCAUGGCUGUUUUUAUAGUGCAGAAUAUCCUGCUUAAAAAUGUUAACAUAUCAACUAUAUUGUUUCAGGAUCCUCUGUAAAAGUGAAGGCAACUCCUAGUAGUCUAACAACACAAGAAAUCCCUUUUCCCAAUAGCUAUACAGUACUGAUUGGUUACAAGCUGCACAAGAUUUCCCCAAAUAUCCUUGUGGACACACCAGUGAGACCUAAUAAAGUGAAGGGUGCAGGAACCGAAGAAGAAAUAACUUUGCUUCCUGGCUUGAAACAGGACAAUAAUGCUGGUAAUAAUGCUGGCAGAUCAGUAAGAGCAACUAAUAUCACUGUAAGAUUCCUUUCCGCUGACAAUUCAAGCAGAACUGAGAUUGACAUUUACAAUUUAAAAGAUCCAAGAGAAGUCCCUGAAAUUCAUGUUGUAGCCAGCAACAUUAUGAACCAAGGCAUUAAAACUGAUACAGUAGUAUUAAAAGGCAAUGGUUUGCAAGUGGUAGUAAACAGUUCAGUGGAUAAUAAUGCGAAGCAUAUUCCUGAAAAAGGGAGAAGAACAGCCCUGAUAUUACCUGAUCAUGGAAAGACCACUGCAGAUGGCAGUAAAAGAGACCAUCCUUUCACAGGUAAAAGACAGUAUUUUUCCUUUCCGUGAGAUGUAGGGGUUCACCCUGAAACAAAUUUUCAUACUGUUGUGUCGGUAUAUUGUUGUCGCCAUAGAAUUUGCAGAACAAUUAUGUACCCUAAUGAAAUUAAGUGAAAUGCAAUUGGUCACGUGUGCUAUACUUUUAUGUCACCUCUAAUAUGAGCAACAUAUGUCUCAGUUCUUGUGUCAUUCUUUCUUUUUUAACAACAAUCUUGUGGUGAUUUUAGGCCGAGAGGUUGAAUUGACUGAUGCCCUUUUGUCUAUGCAGUAGAUAGGAAUGGCUCGUGAUAGUCAACGCUACAAGUCCACAGUAUUUCAAUUCUCUAAAACCAGCAUCUCACAGGACCACACGUGAAAAAGCUCUCACCAUUAUUAGAGAGAAUAGUGACUAAGGGUGAGCUGCAAACCAAUAAAUCCCAAACCGAAAUCUCACCUCAGCCAUGAGCUCACUUGGUGAUCCUAAAUAGUGUGAUGAUUAAAGGAAUACUUGCCUACUUUACAGGGCUAUUGUAAGGAUUACAGAGAUAAUGUAUGUGAAGAUUUGAACACUUUGAAAUAGCUUUACAUAAAUUGUAAGAUUGUUAUUAUAUAUGGCAGGUAUGCAAUACCAUCCUGAGAAUUCUGCAACCCUAAUCAGCAUUGCUUAGAAGUAUAUUCCAUCCCUUGGAAUGGGACUUACGUUGUACUGGUAGUGUGGUUGUUACCGGGAACAUAAAAUGAAUAGGAAGCCAUCUGUGUAAAGGAACUACCACUUAGUUUACUGUUGUUGUUUUCGGAGUGGCCGGUGUGCUUAUGAUCUCCUAAACCGUAUCAGGAAAACUUUCACACAAAUGGCUUUCUAUGGGGUUUGGAGCCCAUGUGGUUUGGCUUCAGUGGGGCUUACUCUCAAGUAAGUAAGUGUGUAUAGAAUUGCAGCCUGAAAGUCAUAGCUAAAUCAACACCUGAUACAGGAAAUUACACUUGUGUCUAAUCAACACACCAGGGUCCAUAACUAUUCUCAUGCAGUCAAUAUCUGUGGAGGGCUCAGGAAUAUUUACGCUUUGCCCUUGGGCCUGGAUACCGUGUAGACCCAGAAAUAAUUCCUGUGUAUAAUGUGACUUGAAAUGUGUGCUUGCUGCACUUUUUAUGAUGUAUGAAGAGUCUAAGCAGGCAAGACUGAAUCCUGUCCCAAAAGUUUCCCCUCUAUUUUAAGAAACUUGCUAUAUGUGUAUUUACAGCUUUCAAGCUAGUAAAAGCUGCCCACUUGGGAAAACCUGCAAGCCAGUCUCUGGUUUAUGAAGAUAUUAACCGAAAAGGUUAGCAAAUACGUAUGUUUCUCCCUCCACCCAAUUGAAGGUUGUUGUUUUUAAUAAGAGUAUGAAAUUUGGCAGUGUGCGCACAGAAUUCCAGAUAUGUUUUAUAACUUUGCUGUUGAGGGGGCAGCUGUCUGUAUGAAUCCUCCUGGUGCUAGUGGUGCUGGCUCCCACAUUUAAGUCAGGGGCGAAACUUCCUUGACCAGGAGUUGCUUGUGCACAUGAGAGUGCACCACAAAGUUUUUUGAUCAGAGCUGCUUUUCCAUGAUUUACCUUACUAUGUGAAAGGGAUUUUCGAACAUCACAUAUGUUCCUGCUCUGCGACUGUUUUGUGAAUGGCAGGCUUAUAAAUACCGCAAAUAAUGGUUUCAAGUGUAAAAACAACAACUUGUUACCCAGUGCUGGAAAUCUAGUUAUACCUGCUGUUAACUUUGCAGAUGCAAAUGCUCCCUUGCCACUCCAACCCCUAUCUCACUAUUAAGGAACUUUCCUCUUCUGUUUCCAGAUAAUGUAGUUUCAGCCUUGGCUACACCAGUACUUUGGGUGACUACAUUAUUACUGCAUCUCAAGGGUGGAGUAUCUCUUAUGUGCUAACACACCAGGAAUUGAAAGUUUUAAAUGUUGGAUUUAUUUUUGCAAGAAGGCAUAAUAGCUUGAAUUAAAGGUCAAAUUUGACAGGCUAUGGGUCCUCCUGCAAAGAAUGCACUUGAUAAUCUGCAUUAUAUUGUCCCAUCUGGAAGAAAUGUGACAGACAAAUUUAACCGAUAGAUCAAUUUUAUGAUGGUAGAAUUGUCCUAUUAAAACUAUGACAUCAAAUAGAUUUAAGCUUUCAGACAGCGAUACUACUAAAGAACCAAAGAACUUAUCAGUUUAAACUGUUUUAGCCUUUUAGCUCAAGUAGUAUGUGAGGUGCAGAGCUAUAAUGAACAUUGCUUAUAGCUGCUUAUAGUUUAAGCAAAACUGGAGGCAUUUUUGUGCAACUCUCGAGACUCACUUCCCAUGUUAGCAUUUUUCUACACUCAAGUGUUCAAAGAGCAGCCUGAGACUGUUUGCAAGAGGGCUUUCAAACAGCCCCAUCGUGUGCUUUCAAGUUCCAACAAUGAUUGACAGGUGGGCAACCCCACCCACCUGCUAGAUUUGUCCCUCCAGGGGUGGAGAUAUAAGGAUCUGGCCUUUCACAAACAUUAUAGAAAAAUAAUUGGAAGUAUUUGUCUGCCUGUGGUGCCACUGAGUGAAAACUGUAUGGAAGCAUAGUAUGUUCGCACCUCUGCCAAAAUACGUACAGGCAAUCUUUGUUUUGGGUGGGUUGGGCUGCCCCCACACAUGUCGGUGGAGGGCUCCACCCCCACCCCAUUCUGUCCUUUUUGGUGACAUUUUUGUGAUGUUUUGGGGCUCCUUCUGGGUUCAGCGCCAUGUGUGUUUGCGCAAUCACGGUCAUUUGGAUGUGCUUUAAACGGGAGUUGCUUGUAUAGUGAAUGCAUGAUGGGAUAGUAGAAUUAUUGUCUCCCAUUCCACUCCACCAUUGAAAAUCCAUAGUAAAUACAAACAGGGGCUUCCACAUAUAGCCACUACGGAAGGAGGAAGGGAAGGGGAAGGAUUUCUAGGACUGGGACAAUGUGUGGAUACGCUAACACUCGACUUGCACACAGUGCUAUUUUUCCAGAAAAAGAGGUGCCGGAACUCACCAUGAACACCUCCCUUGUUCUCUUAAAAUGACAAUGGUGCCCACCUGGGAGAUGUCAGAACUGAGUUUCGGGAAAUUCUGCCUUGGAAAAAAAGCCCUGCUUGCAUGGUAGUGGCACACAAUUCCACUGUCCUGUGGUGCAUUCAGUAUUUAUAUAAAUAACUAGGACCCUGCAGUCAUGUAAUCACUCAUAGCCAUGGUUCCAUUUUCUCUCCAGUAAGGGAGCUAGUAGUAGAACUAACAUUUUUCAGAACUAAAAAUGGUAUUGUGUGUUGAGCUGUCAGCAGCAAAAUGCUUCUGACAUUUCUCUGGAAUUGAUUCCACCUUCUCUGAGAGCUCCACACUGUCAAGCUGAUCAAGUUUAUAUUUCAUUAUGCAGUGUGUAUUUCAGCCUAGCAGUUAGUCAGUUGCCCAGGCCAAGUUACACUUCUCUUAUCAUUUCAAACCUUCAGACAACCCUGUGACACAUAAGUACAUGUAAGAGAACUGGCAGUAUUUCUUUGUGAGCUGGUAAACCUAAUACAUUUCUUUUGCUGAAUGAUUUUGCUCUUACAGAAAAUUAAUACACAGGAGCCACAGAAUACCUUUGCUCGUAGUUAUUAUUCUAUGUAGCUUUCUUAGCCAUUCUCUUGCAGAUAAUCACUGCAGAGGUCAUCCACAGGGCUGUUGUAGUCUAGUUACGGUUUGCAAACAUAUUAUUCAAAAACUGUGCAUUGCAACAAUAGGGAUAAGGAUCACAAUAAAAUAAGUACCUAUAAUUGCAGGAUAUUUUGUGUUUUGUUUUUGAAGUUUUGUCUUUUGUUUUUGAAGUGCCUGAAUCUUUGGCAUAUCAGUUGUUGCUGUUAAUUCAACCUCUACCACCACUGAAGAGCAAAUUACAAGAUUUUGUUGGAUAGUUUUGCAAUAGAUAGCUUUGCGUUAUCAAAACCAGUCAGGUUUUUUUGUAACUUGCAGCAACAAGUGCACUCAAAGAUGAAGGUUCACAAAGCAUAAUGACAACAAAAACAGAAACUUCUGUAGAAGAACUAGAAAAUAUACUAACUGAUCUGAAGAUGGAAAGGGGUAUGUAUUUUUUUGCCUUCCAUUACUUUAAAAAACUUCUUUCUAAAAUUAAAGAUUAGCAGAGCUUUGAUAAAAUUGUACUAAUGUAUUUCAAAUUGGUUUCCCAAAGCAUUCUUAUCAGAAUCUCAUUAUAGAAAUAGAGCUGUGGACUCGUUGACAUUAUUGAUUUCACUCUGAACAAUUCUGGGGAUAUUGUUGUUAUUAGCAUUGCAGUCUUGGUCUGGUCAGAGAAUUUUUUUGGGGGGGGGGACAUGGUAUCACACCUACAAAACUUGACUGAGAUAAAUCAUUACUUUUAAAAAUAUUAUUAAUAAUAAUUACAUUUCUAUACAGUCAUACCUUGGUUAUUGAACGGAAUCUGUUCUGGAAGUCCGUUUGACUUCUGAAAACAUUAAAAAACUAAGGCACGGCUUCCAAUUGGCUGCAGGAGCUUCCUACACUCAACUGGAAGCCGUGUAAGCCGCGUGGACGUUCGGGUUCCAAAGAACGUUCUCUUUUUUUUUUAAUAAUAAUUUUUAUUAAAGUUUCAAUCAAAAAUUAAACAACCAAAAAAAGAAAAGAAAAACAUCAAAGAAAAAUACACAAAUACACCAUAGAAAUCUCAAAGAGAAAAUAAAAAAAACACAAAAGACAAGAAUCAACAAUAAAAAAAGAACAUAACAAUUAAAAAAAACAAUAUCUCUUUUCCAUUUCCGUCUUUAAAUUUGCUUAUUUUCUGGACUUCCUCUUACCUCCCUCUUUUGUAUUCCAAUCCAAAUUGUUUGUCCAGCAAUUUCUUUUCCACUUUUUUAAUCCCAGUCUUUAAUUUAAUAUAAUAUUGAAAUAUAUAACUUCAACUUCUUUAAACCUAAGCUUUAGUCUUAAUGUAAUAUAACAUUAAAAUUUUACCUCUUAAUUGUCAAAUUUCCAUUUCAUUAAACAUCUUUAAUCCUAAUCUUUAGUCUUGAUCUAUCAUUAACCUUAACCUGUACAGCUGGAAACCGCUUAUUUUCAGUCCAACAUCACUCUAACAUUCUUUAAUUUUGCAAUGUUUCUGAAGAUAGUCUUUGAAUUUCUUCCAAUCUUCCUCCACCGACUCUUCUCCCUGGUCACGGAUUCUACCAGUCAUUUCCGCCAGUUCCAUAUAGUCCAUAAGUUUCAUCUGCCAUUCCUCCAGCGUGGGAAGUUCUUGUGUCUUCCAAUACUUUGCGAUGAGUAUUCUUGCUGCUGUUGUUGCAUACAAAAAGAAAGUUCUAUCCUUUUUUAACACCAUUUGGCCGACUAUGCCCAGGAGAAAGGCUUCUGGUUUCUUAAGGAAGGUAUACUUAAAUACCUUUUUUAAUUCAUUAUAUAUCAUUUCCCAGAAAGCCUUAAUCCCAAAGAACGUUCUCAAACCGGAACACUCACUUCCAGGUUUGCAGCGUUCGGGAGUCAAAAUGUUCGAGUCGCAAGGCGUUGGACAACCAAGGUAUGACUGUAUUGCCCUUCAUCUAAUGAUCACAGGGCCUGAGCUGUUUGAGGCUUUAUAGGGCAAAACCAGCACUCUGAAUUGGGCCCAGAAACUAAUUGGCAGCCAGUAUAGCCAUGCCAGGAUUGGCAUUAUAUGCUCAACCCAUCUUGCCCCGGUGAGCAACCUGGCUGCUGAAUUCUGCACCAGCUGAAGUCUCCAAACCAUCUGUAGAGUCAGCCCCACGUGUGGCACGUUGCAGUAAUCUAACGUAGAGGUUAGAUUAAUCCAGAAAACUCAGAAAUAAAUACUGCUUUCUUGAACAUAGAUCCUGACUUAUCAGUCCCCUUCAUGUGUUGCUUAAAAGUUAAGACAGUAAUCUUAUGUAAUGGGCUUUAGGCCUUAAUUUCUAGUUUACUUUGUACAGGCAGAGCACCCCUAUGUUCCUGGCCACAGCUACUGCUGUAUCCACAGCCCUUCCAAGAGGCACUGGCUAACGCAGAUGAUGUUAGGGCAAUUUUCUCCACUUUCCCCAUUAUUGUUCUUUUAUAUUUUUCUUCCCAUUGACUGCAGCGACACUUAACAGGUGCUGCUGCAUAUUUUUCCAGUCUGUUUGGGGAAUAAAGAGGCUUUUGAUCUUCUGGAUCAAUAGUCUCUCUCACACACACACCCGCCUCAAGUGCCUUGUUCCUGACCCCUCUGUGAGGAGACAGCCAUUAGUGGAUCUGCAGUAACAGCAGAGCUUUCUGCCGUCACACCAAGAAGACCUCUGACCAGGGACAAGGAAGUCCAUAGUAUGCUAUACACCAGGUGUGGGGAACCAUUGGUCAUACUUUCUGGGGCUGAUGGCAGUUGUCACUCCACAACAUCUGGAUCACCACAGGCUCCCCUACUCUGCUGCAGACCCUCAGUUGCCUUCCCAGGAACUCCCUUAUGCUGCAAUCUUAUACACACUUGGUAGGAACUAAGCCUCAUUAAACCCAGUGGGAUUUACUUCUAAGCAAGCAUGUUUAUGAUUGCACUGCUAAUCUCUUCUGUCCCCACAACCGCAUGAGGAAGCAUCGUAAUUUGUCACUUGCCUAAACCAAGGUGAAGGAGAUGAUGAUCAACUACAUCAGUGAUGGAAAGUUAUGCGUGAUUGUGACUUAUCAAAGGCUAGAACUUGGCAAGUUAAGCUUCAUGAACGAGCAGGAAUUCAAAUCUAGGUUUUCCUUCUUUUAAGCUGUUGUGUCAGGGAUGGGGAACUACUGGCUGCCCAGAUGUUGCAGCACUACAGCUCCCCUAAUUUGUGGCCAUUGGGCCAGGGAGACCGAAUCCAGCAACAACUGGAGGGCCACCACAUCCCUGCUUUAGAACCUCUGGUCGAACUGGCAACAGGUAUAGUUCUGGCAUACUCAUUUAAGAUUGGUUCCAGUUGAUUUGUGUGCAACUAAUUAUUUGCCUUCUCACCAAACCUUCCCAGUGUAGCAAUGCCAAUUAAUUCAAUUGUUGAUAUUUUUUGAACAGUGAAGCAAGAGACUCCAUCCACUAAUGAGAAAUUGCAGUCUUCAGUAAUGGAAGAUAUUCUUCAGGAUUUACAGGAACAUCUAGGUAACUCUUAUUGUUUCACUGAAUUGUACAGACUGCAGUACGUAUUAAUGAGGUAAUCAUAGCAGUGGGGAUGUACCAUAUUGCAUACGGUAUUAAGAGCUACUGAUAUGUGGGAGGAAAUAAAAUCAGCAAGGCGGUAGGCCUACUACUACUGUUGAAACGAGGAUGCUGUAGUCAUCACUGGUUUAUUCCCUGUCCAGAUACCAAAAAUUCUGAAGAGGUGGAGUAAUGCUAAAUUCUAAAAUUGCUCACUUGUUAAAAAUAGGCAGUGGGGAGUUUCAUAAUUGUGGAGUCAGAUAUUCCCCUAAAUAUGAUUGAGUUCAGAUUUACUCCUGAAUGUAAUUUAGUUAAAAAUUUGUCAAAUAGAAAUAUUCUUUGCCUUCUUAGAUUCUGUAUUAACUGUGUAUAAUCAUUUUCACUUAAUGGGAAAUGAGUAUGUAGGGACAGAGGUUUUUGUUUUGCAUGUCUGUGUGUUUUACUGAAAGCAAAUAUCUGAACUCAAGCAUUGUAUGUAUGUAUGUAUGUAUUUAUUACUAGCAUUUAUAAUCAGCUUUUCACCACAGUUGUGGUUCCAACGUGUUGCACAACAUAAUAAUAAAGUAGUACAAACAUUUAAAAGUCAAAACCAAGUGAAAAAAUCAUAAACUUAGAACAACAAUACAACAUCAAUUCUUUAUUGCUGUUCAAAGACCUAUAGAAUAACAAUACUGUAAGGACAACAAAGCUAAGAUCCAAUAGAUUUGAUCAGGUUCUCCAAAAAGACUGGGAGAAAUGUUUUAAUUAAUCGAUGGAAGCCCAUCAAUGAUGUUGCCAUCUGUGCUUCGAGGGGGCUGGGAGAGUUCAAGGAUUGGGUUGCUACAUACUGAGAAGGCUGACUACUUGAGACCAAUUAGCCAACACCCCAGUUUGGGGUCCUUUGCGGUUAUUAAAGCUUAAAAUGCUCAUAUUAGCAAAUGGCUGAUUGUUAAAUUAAUUGGCUAUUUAACAUAAAUGGAAAAGAGGCACACGGCAGUGUCCCUUAGGCUUGCCAUGCCCUAUGUUACAACAGUUUUCUAGUGCCAUUCUUGUAAGUUACCAUUUCAUCUUUUGUGAAAAACUGAAGUUCGUAGGCCUUCCACCAGUGACAGCGAGGAACCAAUGCUGAUGGACAAUAUUUAUUCAUCAAACGAACUUGAAGACCCAGGUAAAUCUUGGUUUAGAGUGCAUCAGAAUUACUAUGGGUUUGCGGCGCUCAUCUCGCUUUCAGGCCAAGCGAGCCGGUGUUUGUCCACAGAUAGCUUUCCGGGUCAUGUGGCCAGCAUGACUAAACUGCUUCUGGCGCGACAGAAACCAGAGCGCAUGGAAACACCGUUUACCUUCUUGCCACAGCAGUACCUAUUUAUCUACUUGCACUGGUGUGCUUUCGAACUGCUAGGUUGGCAGGAGUUGGAACAGAGCAAUGGGAGCUCACUCCACUGCGGGGAUUCGAACUGCCAACUUUCCAGUCGGCAAGCCCAUGAGGCUCAGUGGUUUAGCCCACAACGCCACUUGCGUUGUGUUAAUUAAUAACAUUUUAAGUGCAGAACAUUGCUCCCACAUUUAUUCUAUAAAAAGAAAGAGAACUAAUUUCCCUCCAUUUGCAGCCCUGAUUUGUAUUAGGAACCUUGUUAUAUGUGCCCAAAGGUGCUGCCACCCUCCCAACCCAUAUUGGAAUCCCAGCUGGGGCAAAGCUAUAAAAACUUGACCUCAUUCCAAUACCAGGGUCAUGAUCUAGAACUGGGGACCGCAUGUUGGUUAUUUGUACAAUAAACAUCCUGCAUGUAGAGGCAAAGUAUCACAAGUAGUUUGGCCUUAAGAAUGUCUUUUGGUGGGCAUAUUUUUACUGAGUGACUCCAGGUGGGGAUUGCACACUCCUAUGUGUGUUUAACAGUACAUCAGAUCAGGUUAGUGGAGUCAGAAUGAACAUCACAUACAUUGGAUACAGGGGUGUGUAUCAGUCCUCAAGUUGCCAUUGCUUUUUUGGCAUAACUAAGGGCACAAUCCAAACUCCCAGCUGACUCCGCCAGCACUCUGCAGAGUCAGGGACAUCUUCUCAAUCCAGUCCCAGACAACCUGGCAUAAGGGGGUUGGAUUGCCCUGUAAAUAGAAUUCUGCAUUCUCUGGGCACCAUUGGUUACACUUACAUUUAAAUAUUUCAAACCCUAUGCCAGAAGCUCAGGGUUGGUUAUAUAUAUAUAUAUAUAUAUAUAUAUAUAUAUAUAAAUAUAUAUUUGCCUAGAACUUUCCCAAGGAGGCUUUGCUGGUCUGCACAGAGUAAUAAAAAAAAUCCUUAUUGAAUUAGCAGAGAACGGGAAACAGAGACCAAGUACCAAAAAUGUAUCCUUUCUAACUGUCAGAUAUCAUCUCAGUUUCAGUAUUCAGUGGUUGUGAACCAAUGAUUUACAUAGGCAGCAGUAUACACAAACCAUGUUGCCAGGUUCAGGUAUCUGAAAAAGUGUGCAUGCACACGAAAGCUUAUACCAAGAACAAACUUAGUUGGUCUCUAAGGUACUACUGGACAUUUUUUUGUUGUUGUUGUUAUAUAUUUCAUGUUGCCAGAUGACUACCUGCACUGUCUGUUUUGAGACUGGGAAAGCUUCAGUGCCCCACAUUGCAGAAAGGUGGCAAUUGCUAUCAAAGCUGAGGAUGUUUGGAAGGGUGCAAGUGUCAAAUAAUAAAAGAAAAAUUACAUGUUCAGUGCUGCUGUUGCCCUUCUGCUGGACAGCUUCAAUCAAAGAGGGGUGUGUCCCUUUGCCAGAAAGGCAGGCCACUUGGAAAAGACUCCUCCUUGUCUAAGGUUAAGCAGAUGAGCACAUCUGUAGAUGCCUCUGGUCACUGUGACAUCAAACGCACAGAGGGCACACUGCAACUUGGCAACACUACUUGAAAUCACCUUGCUAGCUGGGGGGAAACUAAUUCCAUUUUCCCAGCAGUAAAAUGUUUACGUUGAGUGCUGGAAAGAUGUGGCAUCUCCCCAAAAGGGAUACCGUACUUUUUCAUGUAUAAGAUGAGGGUUCCCAAAAAUAGGGGGCGUCUUAUGCACGGGGGCGUGUUAUACAUGGAAAAAUACAAUACUUUCUUCAAGGGGAAACUGGAACUUGUACAACAAAUGAACAAUAGAUGUACAUUAUUCAUAUAGAAGGGCCUUCUCCCACGCAGGCUGCACAAAUGUUUUGGCUUUUUCCUCCCUGCACAAAAUCCGAUGGAAAAAGAAUCACAAAAGUUGUCUGGAUGCAUUUCCAGAAUGUAUCCAAAGCCAACAGACAGCCUGUCUUUCAGACUUACACUACUGAGUAAUAGCUGCUUGCCACACUUUUGCAAGCUAUAUAUGCUAUAAGCUACUGUGGCAAUCAUAUUUGCCAUAGAUGUUCCACCUAACAAAAAUAAUGCAUUUUCACAGUACAUCUGACUGCUUGGAAAACAUACCUUUUUGAGAUAUGUAGCCUAUAUACAAAACAAAACAAAAACAGCAAAUGUGCAUUCAUUUAACAAAGAACCAGUUGUGCAGACAGGCCCCUAAUAUUAUAUUUCUUUUUGUACCAGUACUGCUAUAAUAGCAUUGGGAUCCACAUUUGUUUUGUGGCAUGGUCACUGAAUAAAUUUAAUUGUUUCUUGCUACAGAAGAAGCAGGUUACAGUGAAGAGAACCACAACAUGAUGACAGCGCCUGUCCCAGAAGAGGCAGAUUUUCUGCCGUUCACAGACGAACCACCACUCGAAGCAAUCUCUGUCCCAAGUAAAGUCAUUAAACAGUUAUCCAUGCAAUCUUACAUUAUUAUCGGCAGUAAUGGCCACCCCAUUGCUCUCCAGCCACAGCUAUUCCCCCAUGCUUGGAGCAAUCUAGUUUUGCUUGUGCAAGCCAGAUCAGUGAAAAUCGAGCUGUAGUACAUUUAGAAUGUCAUGAGCCAAGUUUGGAACAUGGGAUUAAAGGUAAAGGGACCCCUGAGCAUUUGGCCCAGUCGUGGCCGACUCAUCACGCUUUACUGGCCGAGGGAGCCGGCGUACAGCUUCCGGGUCAUGUGGCCAGCAUGACUAAGCCGCUUCUGGCGAACCAGAGCAGCGCACGUUCCGUUUACCUUCCCGCUGGAGCGGUACCUAUUUACUUGCACUUUGACAUGCUUUCGAACUGCUAGGUUGGCAGGAGCAGGGACCGAGCAACGGGAGCUCACCCUGUCGUGGGGAUUCGAACCGCCAACCUUCUGAUCGGCAAGUCCUAGGCUCUGUGGUUUAACCCACAGCACCACCCAUGUCCCAGAACAUGGGAUUACAAUCACACAAAUGAAGUGUAGGAGAGGAAGAUCCAGCUAGUUUGACAUUGACUGUAAGAGGUCAGCAGUAGCAAGGGAGACGGAACAGGAAUAAAUCACCAAAUCUUCCCUUUUCCCCAACCCAACACACCCUAGCAAGCAUCAGCUACGAGCAAGACAACUGGCCAUCUUUCUGCACUAGACAGUGAAUAUUCAUGGCCAGAGAGCAUGUGUGCAGAUAAGUAGCCUGAGGCUGUUCCCAUGAUUCUCUGGACUGGAGAAACCUAUGCAAUAUAUCAGCUAUCAUCCCACCCAGAGCUACAGGAAAGUCCAUCUACCUUUGCUCCAUGAUUCUUUAGUUUAAGUUUGUUUUUUUGCCAACUCUUGCAGCUCAGUGCAGCUUACAAUGUAAAAAACAAGGUAUAAAUAAAAUUUGCAAAGCAAAACAAUAAAGCCAGCUAUAGAAUAGAUCAGAAAGAAAAUAAUUACUGCUCCAUAGCUGCACGUUUUAUUUGAAAGUUCUUAGAAUUUUUAGACAUUUUCACUUUAUUACCUACAAGUCAACAGCGAGCAGAAACACACUGUGUUUUGUUGCUAUUCACCUUUUGCUUUGUUUUUUACAGAUUUGGUUACUGAAGUGGCAAAUGAACAUAUGAAUAGUGCCCAAAGAUAUGAAUUCUUUGAGAAAUAUGAAGGUAAAUAUGAACUACUUAAAUGGAAGUAAAACAACCCAUUAAGAUUUUAGGUAAGGUAGGAUUAACAGCUUGCUCUUCCCUGCUCAUCUUCCUGUAAUGUGCUGUAGUUUUGUGAAAGCGAGCAUUACCUAAUACAUCAGGGGUAUAAUUUCAGCUCUGUUGUCCUGUGUUUAUUGACUUAGCAAACUACUGCUAUCCCCAUUCUAUUUUUAAACACUUGAUUUAUGCCUUUCAGUUGGGUUUAUUCGGCUAAAACACAUUUUGUGUGUAUUCAGCUGAAAGAGAGCAAACAUUUUUCUCUUCCUGUGUCAAAUUGUUUGCCUAGACCUCAAUUAGAAAAUUAACAGGGCAGAUUUUUGUUGUUGGGUUCCUUAAGCCACAGUUUAAACCUGUAAUAAAGUAAGACACAUAAAUCAGAGCUGUGGAAAACAACAAAAAGGUACUGCUUCAUUUGUUUACUUCAUUUAAUUCUGUAAACCAGCUGCAAAGCUGCAGUUUCAAAAUUCAUCACACAAGGCAAAAACAAAUGAUGUGAACAUUUAUAAUGGAGCACUGAAACUCAGUCCUUAGAAUCACUUGUCAGCCGAACUUGAUGCAGUAGACAAAGGAACAGUUACAUCGAAUAAUGUAUUGCUGCACUAAAGGCUAAUGAAAAAGACCAAACAAGCCACCUUGUCCACACCCUCGUUAAGCCCAAAGUAUGCGGAUUAAGAUGACUUAGUCACAGCAGAAACAUUUCAUCUUUGUAGUCAGCCCCUAGUGAAAAUAGAGAUUUUUAAUGGCAUUAGUGUUUUUUAUCAUGAGGUAAAAGCUACAAACCCCAGUGUAAAUGCUGGAUUUUGGAUGCCAGAGCAAUGCGGCUGCACCAUUCAAAGGCUUAAGGACUGCCAGGUUUAGGGGCACUGCUCCUGCCUGCCAGAUUUAGUGGAAUAUAUGCCCAGCUUUUGUGUGUGCUGAUUUCUCUGGGCUUCUGUAGCUUGGGUCUGAAGCCAAGGAAGUACUGGCAGAGUCUCCAAAUCCAAGAUCAAGCUCGAGUCCCUUGGCUCUGCGGCAGUCAGGCCUGGAAGUAUGGUGGAGUCAGCACACACAGCCCUUAGGGAACAGAGACAUAUCUCCUAACUGCCUCACUCCUAAAUACUAAACAGGAUCCCAAUUGGUUUCUGGAAGGGGAAACGUCACUUUUAUACCCCAGACAGAUGGGAUAAAACUGAACACGGUGAAAUUGGAUUUUGGAAAAUAAAUUUCAUUCCCCCCUCUCCAUUCUGCUUGCAUCUUAAAAAAAAAAAAUAGGAGAGAGUGACAAAAGGACAAAUAGAUAACAAGAUUGUAAACCAGCAAUCUUGCAUCACCUAGUCGCAUUGCUGAAGAAAAAAUAAAUAAAUCUGGUAGCAUGGAAGCAUUGCGGAGUUGCUUUUGUGGAAGUGGCAAAGAGGUGAUGGAGCAUAUAGCCCUAGCAUACAACUCAAAGGGUUUUAACCUACAUCUAGUGCUUAUUCAUAUUUGCACCAUAAUGGAAAAUAUUUAAAAAGGUAGGAAUGGGAAAGUGGUUUGGCUGGAUUGUGAGAAGCAGGCGCGCUAUGACGGUAAUUUGCUCUGCCACCAGAGUGCCAUUGCAGCUGGUAUAGGCAUCAGCCUUAUAAGCAGUGCUGUCAAAUAGUUUUUACUUCAUACAGGCUGCAGAUAGGGCAGCUUUGGAUAUUUCGAGCAAGCAGUGCCAGCCACCUGUACUGUCUUUUCUAUAGUAGUCAACAGCAGUGCUUGUUUGCAUUGUCUGGGGGGGGAAAUGAAGCUCUUGCACAGGAAAGGCAUGCAGCCUGCAUUUGCACCUGCAACCUGUGCGACUUUGCUGUGCAACAUGACCUUUGAACAUUACAAAGGCACUAUCAGCUGUCAAAGGGAUUGGAACUCUUAAACAACACCUCUUAAACAGCUUGCACAGCAUAGAGUUAAAAAGAUUGUAAGGGAAUUUAAACCACAGUGUGGAGUAUCACCAAAAUCAGGAGAUGUAAAAUUUAGGAGUAGGUCAAUUGCCUGUUCUGGAUGGUGUUGCCCUUACUCUGAAGAGCAGGCUGAUACCCCUUGAUCCAUUUAGUGGUUCAAGUGACCUCUGCAGCCAAGAGUGCCUUCUACCAGCUUUAGCUGAAAUGCCGGCUAUGAACAUUCCUGGAUCAGGACCUGGUCCACGCUUUGGUAACCUCAAGACCUGAUUACUGUAACACACUUCGUGGGAGGCUGCCCUGAUAUCUGGUCCAGAAACUGCUACUAGUGCUGACUGCAGUGGCCAGGCUGCUCACAGGAGCAGGUCACUGGUACAUGCUACUACUCUGCUGAGAGCUGCCCAGGUUGCCAGUUUACUACUGGGCCAGUUCCAAGGUGCUUGUGUUUACCAGGAAUUGAAUCUUUAGUCUGGUAGGCUGUAACCUGUUGUCCUUUUCAGACUUUGGAAUUUUUUUACCAACCAGUUUGUAGCGACAUGUUCCCGGUGUUUCUACCAGUGUUGUUACUAUAUUGUUUUUAGGUUAUUCGCUGCUUUAAGUGCCACUUACAAAUAUUUAAAUAAAACACAGAAGAAAAUAAAUUUAAAAGCAGAUUCAAAACUUUUAAAGUUUUGUGAGGAUCUAAAAUCUAGAACUGCCUGCAAAUCCUGGGUCACUUUAAAAUAUAUUCCACCUGUGUUAAUAUCACAAGCAUUUCAGGUUGGGGUAUCCAGUGAAUAUUGGUAAGAAGAGAGGGGUGGAGGGUUUUUCAACAAUGUGUUUAGAUUAGAAUAUUUUCAUAUUGUGCCUUUUAUAAUCAAGUCACCAUUCGGGGGGAAACAGCAGGAAAAGGAGAGGUGACUCGAGUUGCUGAAUUUCCAGGCCACCAUGGGAGGCCACUUAGGAGGAAAAGCCUACUUGCAAGGCUCAGCCCAAGAGUCUUCUAUGAGCAGAGUGAAGUUUGGCCUCCAGCCUUCCAGGGAGCAGUUCCUUAAAUCAGCCACUCUGCUGAGAGUCAGAGAGAAUGUCUCGACUGCUUUGCUGGGGGGCGUAGAGACUGCUUUGAAGGGCUUCCCAGGUUGGUUCAGCAAUGAGCAGAGCUAUUUACUGUUUUGGGGGAUAAAUAGCAACUCCAGUGGGUGCUGAGGGGAGUUCACCCAGCUCCAAUGCUGGCAUUUAACACUCAGUUCUUUCUGGCAAGGCUUUUAUUGACUUGAACGGAAUCUAUGUAUGUUUGAAUACUUUUUAUUUAUUUAUUAAAUAUUGCAAUGACUGCUUAUUACAUUAAAUGUAUUUAGAUGAGUAGGAGAGGAUAUUUUAUUUAUUUAAUUACCCUUCAACUUUUUUCUCACUUGUGUGAGAAUGCGAAUACCUAUUUCCACCGAGCAAAUCCACCAUCUGUGCACAGCUUAUCGCCUCUAUACAGGUUCUGAAACUCCAUGGUGCCAUUGACCCUGUGUGUGACUGUCUAGCAAUCAUGUAUUUGUGAUUUGGUUUCCAAUUCUCCCACAUAAUGGAAAAGAAAAAAGCAAGUAGGACUUGGGUGCACAUUAUCUUAAACUUAUGUGCACUUACCACAGCAUCUACCAUAACUUAGAAUAACUUUUUUAUUAUUACAGCUAUGCUAUAGUGUACAGCUUUAUCAGAUUAGUUUUCAGCAACAAGGUUUUGACAACAGUGUUGCUAAGAAUUGCAGUAGUGCUGAGUAUGAAACAUUGUUAAAUUGUGAAUAAUAUGAUAUGGUUCUGUGUUCGUCCCUUUAGGUAUUCAGGGCAAGAGAAAAGCAAAAGCUGCAGACCUUAAAGACCUGCUAAAGCACAUCAUCAUAGCCUGUGUAGCUGUCACUGGUUUGAUCUUGACUGUAAUAGUUGUUGUGCACAUAUACACUUCAUUAUUUGUGAAGAAGGAGCAGUAAGUCACUGUUUCAUUCUCUCCUCCCUCUCAUCUGUGUAUAAUUCAAAUUGCUUCCUAACAACUUGCACCCAGUCCUUGACAUUUGCGCCUACUUUAGAAUGCUGAUAUAAUGCAAUGGGCGUAAUUGACGCAGUAGUAGAUGCAGGCCAAUCAAAUACAAUUUUUGCUGGCAUAGCCAUCUGAUAAUCAUAAUAUCCAAGUCGAAUAACAACAGGCUUUAUGAUUCUGAAACCAGCAUUAAUUCAUAAUGGCAAAAGGCAAGAUUUGCAUCUCAGUUCUAAACACAGAUACUGCUGUAUCUUAUUGCAGAACAAGUGACUAUAGCACAAACUGCUGUGACUGUAGUGGUGCUCAAUACGGUAGCACCCCCAUCCUCGUGUGUUCUGCUUCAUGUGCAGCUUUGGAAAAUCAAUAGUCUGCAGAUUCUGGCCCAUUUUCCACUGUCUUUUUCUUCCAGAUGAAAGGCAAAAAUGCUCCCUAGAUUUAACAAUGAUUUACUUUGCUUAUCGUUAUUACAUAACUGUGAUAACCACAUCCUUCUCCACACUCCCCGUUCUCCUCAGCAUAGGAUGUUUCAUGAUAGUUUGGAUCUGCGAUGGGUUGAAAUCCUCAGUCAGUCAUGAAGUUUAUUCCGUGGAUUGGGCAACUAUCUCAGCCUAACCUCCUUCACAGAGAUUUUAGCUCAGCACAGUUUAGGAUUUAUCUAUAUAAAGCUGAUCUAAUCCUCUGUAACAAGGCCAUACAUUUAACGCAGCUCUUGGGACUUCAAGUUGGGCAUACCCUUCUGCUAGCUGGGGAGGGCCAAUGCAACCAAACUUAUUUUCUUUUUCUUUGAGGUAGGACGCAAGUUGGGGAAUUGACAGCUCUCACAAUAAGCUGCCAAGUUUUCCUGAAGCAGCAGCAACGGGAAAGGGAGUGACUUGGCUGCUGUAUCACUGUUUGAUGUUAUGGCUUUCAUAAAAAGAUUUGUAUCUAUUAAAACAAUUUCAUCAUUCUCUUAGGGAACCUGAUAAAACAAAUGCUGACAAAAAAGGCGGACCUGACAAAAAUGAAGUCACAUCGGCCGAGAAAACCAGAAGCCAACAACCACAUUACAAUGUUGGCAUUGAGGGAGCACAAAACAAACAACCAUAUUACAAUGCUGGCGUUGGGGGAACACAAAACCAACAACUGGAAUAUGCUGUUAACAUUGUGGAAACAGGAAGCCAACAGCUAGAAGACAGCGCUGUUGGAACUGACAAUCAAAACAACAACAACUUAAGUUCACCACCGGAAAUGUUUUCAUCAACAGAUUGUGAUUACAUCAGAAAGCCUUUAGAUCUCCAUCCUGUCAAAGCUAUGUUGUCCCCUAGCUCCCCACCAGAAGACACUGGCUUGCUUCUCCCAGUUGAACCUUCAAGGCACAGUGCCCAUAAUAGUUUGCCUUCAUACAACAGCAGCACAUGUAAGAACCUCAAAGUACAACCUAGAACUUUCAGAACCAAUCAUAGCUCUUAUAACAGUCCAGGAAAUUAUGGUAAAUCCAAAGAUCAUGACUAUAAAAGACUUCAAGCCAAAGAUACUGCUUGUUACAAAACAAAACCAAUCUACCAAAGACCAUCUAGGCAUAGACCCAAAUCCACAGAACCCAAAAGAGGACACAAAAAGGUUUCAGCUAAGCAACAUAGCUACAGCAGCUCAAGUUGGGUUGAAGAUCCUUCAUCAAAUGUUUCUGCUGCUUUAGACCCUAACAAAAACUCCAAGGAGUCAAGACUGUCCCAAGAUGAUGACUCAGACUGUGCAUGUUUUCAGCAUAUCAAAGGUUCUUCUAGUACAGACUCAUAUUCGAAUUAGAGCAGCACAGAGAGGAGGGACUUAUUGUUCAGUUUGACUGCUGUCCGGAAGUGUGCAGUCCUAUAUUUUUACCAUGGUUAAUCAUGAUGGAACCCUAUAGUAUCCUGGAGAACACAUUUUGCAAUCAUGCUAUUGAAUAAUAAAAAGUAGGUUUGGUGUUGGGUUACAGGAGUUGCUAAUCUGGCUUCUUGGAUUUGUCCAAUUAAAUUAUUUUCUGCUUGAUGUGCAAUAUGUGCUCACAUUCUUUAACAGGCACUAAUUCACUUUUUUUGGGGGGGGGAGGAUAGAAAAAAAUAGAGCCCUGCAUUCUGCAAGAACAUGCAGUUCUUUGCAACAUGUCUGUCAAAGAGAAACUGCAACAGCAUUAAGUAUUUGGGGUCUUAAGACCCACUGGCACUAUUAAUGUUGAAGUGAAGAAGAAAUGUAUUGCACACCCGAAUACUAAGGGACCAGGAAGCUAUUGCACAAGGUUUAGCUUUUAGCUUUUCCAUUUUCUAAAAAAUCCUUACUAGGAUUGUUUCCUUACUAGGAAACAAAAAACCCCACACCCCAAGCACCUCGUAAGGGACAUUAUCUUACCACAUAAUCUGAAAUAGUACAAUAUACUCUUGGCUCUACAACCUAUGCAACUGAAAUAAUAACUUACAGAGCUUUCAGAAACAACUCUGUGACCCUGGAGCCAACAAUCUCCAUCUCUGAGAUACAGUGUAAGUGUGUUUUAGUCCAGAGGGUGCUGUCCAUCCCCACCUUGGAGCCUGGCAGGAUGAAGGGGAAAAGGAAAUAUCUGUAGUAAGCUGGUCUCGGUUGUUUCAUAAUGUACGCUUGACAUUCUGCAUUGGUAUCGAGACAAGCUAAAGAAAAGGCUGCCCUAUAAUUCAGUAUUAAUUUUAUUAAAUCAGGCACUUUGUCAGUUAGAAGAAACAGAAAAAAGUUUGAAAGAUAAUUGUGUUUAUUUUCUAAGCUUUUACCUGUGAAUAUAACAAAUGGAUAAUUGAGUGAUGAUAUAUAGUGACUUUUUUUUUUUACAAAAAUGUUUCCCCCUAACAUCUGGACAGCAAUAUAUAAAUAUUUACAAUGGAAAAAUAGGCAAGGAAAGAGAAAUAAGUAGUCUUCAUUAUCCAAAUUAAUUUCUAAUACAUCAGAUUUAAACACAAAAUACUUCAUUCACAUCUAUUAAAUAUUUACAUGUUUCAUUACUGGAGAUCACUGAGGUUUUAACUUCAUUUCUACUAUUUGUUGUGUUGGACUUCUGUUAUGUCUCUAAUAUUUGUUUCUGUAAAGCAGUUAAAAAAUUUCUGGAAAAAUAAAUCAGUUUUGAAAAUGUUGAAAACAU